GCAAUCGUCGAAACGAGCUCAACGAUCGACUUGGAUGUUUCCUCUCCUGCAGGAUAAAGAGAAGAGACCAUCGUCACCCACCAGCUGCGACCACAUCCCACACCGACGCCUCACGUUCAGAUCACAUCUUCCUUCCUUCAACAGCUCUCUGUCGUCCACGUCUUCCCAAUGAUACUUAGCGACUCGCACUUCGGAAAACGAGCCCCUGCCUGUUUCCAUCAUUGAGGUUAAUCGCCAACCUGUUCUGCUCAGCUAAGUUCAGCUCAGCUACUCGCAGCACGACACGAGCUGGCACAUCCCUUCCCACAGCACGGCUACGAGGAGCAUGGCGAGUAUCGAUAGAUACCGUCCGCCUGGACGCGAACCCCACCAGCCACCCACGAGACCCGUCAACACCAGCGCACACUCAAGUCGACCGUCAAAGUCUCCCACCAAGCGACGCGACGUCCCUCCCGCCGUACCCUCCCCUCCUACCCACGUCAACUUUUCUGCGCGCGGCUCACCUUCGAGACAGCAGUCGUCCCAGCAACCAGGCGCUCAGUCAAGCAUGCAGUCAUCCCCGAACUCCUCCAGGAAGUCUGACUCCCAGUGGAUAUUCACUGAGGAUGAAGCCGUCAGCAGUCCCAGCAUCGUCGAGGGCAUGUAUCCCGCCGAUGAGAGGCUCAGACGUGCUAAGGGCGUUAACUUCAUCUACCAGGCUGGCGCCCUUAUGCAGCUUCCUCAAACCACCCUCUACGUCGCAGGUGUCUAUUUCCAUCGCUUCUACAUGCGUAUGAGCUUGUCCGAGGAAAGGGGUGGCGUUCAUCAUUACAACAUCGCCGCAACUGCCCUUUUCCUGGCAAACAAGACGGAGGAGAACUGUCGCAAGACCAAAGACAUCAUCAUCGCCGUCGCCAGAGUCGCCCAGAAGAAUUCAAGGCUUGUCAUUGACGAGCAAUCAAAAGAGUACUGGCGUUGGCGGGAUAGUAUCCUGCACAACGAGGAGAUCAUGCUCGAGAAAUUGACAUUCGACCUGAGUGUUGGGGAGCCGUACAGGCUGCUGUACAGGUUGCUCGAGCAGCUUCACUGCAUCCACAACAAAGUCCUGCGGCAUGCUGCUUGGGCUUUCUGCAACGACUCGUGCCUCACUUUGCUACCACUUCUCAUGGAUUCUCGUGAUAUCGCCAUCGCCAGCCUGUUCUUUGGCUCGAUCUAUGCCAAGGAGCAGAUCGCAGACAUCGAUGGCAAGCCUUGGUGGGCUCACCUGGAUGCUGAUGAAGCCAAGAUCAUCAAGGCCGUCGAAGUUGUCCAAGCCUUCUAUCUUGAGAAUCCGUUGAAGAAGACGGACAAUCCCUACCAGGGAAGCCCCGAAUUCAACCUGGACAACUCUCGUAAGGCUGGCGAGGCCUCAAGCACGAGUCCUACCUCUCUCACGGAUGGCGACACGCAAAGCCCAAAGAUCGCGACGAAUGGAACCGAUAGUCGCGAUGCUGUUAUGGCUGCUACCGAGGAAGUAUCCCAGGCACCCGGCAAUUCUGACGCAGCACUCAAGGAAGCAGCAAAUAACCCCGCUGUUCAUCCCGCAACGAAUGGCAACGGCUUGGCCACCCCCACCAAGCGCCGCGACGGUGACUCCUUGUUGUCUGACACGCGCGAUCACAAGCGGCAACGGAUGAGUAGCGACGAUGAAGGCGAAGUCCAAGAAUAGAGCUCCACCUCUGGCCUGUCAUCCUGCUCAUCCCAUAUAUUGACGCCUGACAUGACUACUCUGGAGAUGUUGGAGUCUAUCUCAAGCCCAGCAGUUGCAGAACUGCAAGGAGAGAAUGAACCCAGUACAUCCUACAUGUCGACGCCUGACACGACUACUCUGGAGACGUUGGAGUCUACCCCAUGCUCAGCAGUUG